CAUAAGUUUGAUAAUUUAAUAAUUUUUAUUUAUUGGUUAAUUUUUUUUAUAUAAAAUUUUAAAUAAAUUGGAUUUUUUUUCAUUUUAUUUAUUUAUUUAUUUUUUACUUAUAUAACUUAAAUUUUUUAAUUUUGUUAACAAUGGUACAAGUUAAACAGAUUUUAUUGAAAGAUAAUAUUCAAGCUAGGGAACCAAAUAAGGACGAUUUCAUUCAAAAUACCGUCGAGGUAAAUGAGUCAAAUAUUCCAGAUGAUAAAGUAUUAGUCCGUUUAGUUGAUGUCUCUGUAGACCCAUAUUUAAGAGGUCGUAUGUCAUUAGGUAAAUCAUAUAUUGAACCAUUUAAACCAAAUGAACCAAUUUUAAGUGGUUGUGUUGCUAAAAUUGAAAAAGUUGGUAAAAACGUUACCAACUUUGCAGCUGGUGAUUACGUUGCAGCAAUGUUACCAUGGCAAGAAAAAGCAGUUGUUUCAGUUGGUAAAGACUGGGUUAAGGUUGACCCUAAAAUGGCCCCAUUACCAAGUUUCUUAAGUUUAUUGGGUAUGACUGGUUUAACUGCUUUUCAUGGUUUAAUGGAAAUUGGUGAACCAAAAGCCGGUGAAACUUUAGUUGUAAGUGCUGGAUCUGGUGCAGUAGGAAGUGUUGUUGGUCAAAUUGGUAAAAUUUUAGGUUUAAGAGUUGUUGGUAUUGCUGGUUCUGAAGAUAAAAUUAAAUUCAUGGUUAAUGAAUUGAAAUUUGAUGCUGGUAUUAAUUAUAAGAGUCCACAUUAUAAGGAAGAAUUGGCUGCAGCUUGUCCAAAAGGAGUUGAUGUAUAUUUUGAAAAUGUUGGUGGUGAAGUCUCUGAUGCUGUUUGGCCUUUAUUAAAUUUCAAAGCCAGAAUUCCACUUUGUGGUGUUAUUAGUGCAUACAACAAGAGCGCAGAUAUUGGUCCACGUCUCCAAAUUCCACUCCUUAAAACCAGUUCAAAAAUGCAAGGUUUUAUUGUAUUUAACUAUGCAGAUAAAAACCCACAAGCUAUUAAACAAUUAUCUCAGUGGUUAAAAGAAGGUAAAAUUAAAGAUAAACACACAGUUAACCAAGGUUUUGAUAAAAUUGUUCCAUCAUUCUUAUCAUUAUUCAAUAGUAACCAUCUAGGUAAAAUGGUUAUUGAAAUUUCCAAAGAUUAGACUUUAAAGAAAAAAAUAAAUAAAGUUUUACAAUAGCUUUUUUAGAAGGAA